AGCUGUUUACGAUCUGUGCUGGAACAAAUAGCAGUGUAUGGACAGGUUGUUGUUUCGACUUCAGGAGUUCAUCGAUGAAGUCAUGGGACACAGCUCUGAAAGCCUCCUACCUGGAAAUGGUUGUGUACCCAAGAAGUCAACUGAAGCUCCCUUUAGAACCUAUCAGGCUUUCAUGUGGGCCCUUUACAAAUAUUUCAUUAGCUUCAAAGAGGAGCUUGCAGAAAUUGAGAAGUGCAUCAUCAAUAAUGAUAUCACGAUAACUCUUGCAACAGUGGUGGACAAGUUGUCACCUCGCUUGGCUCAGCUCAAGGUUCUGCACAAGGUGUUUAGUACCGGAGUAGCAGAAGUACCACCAGACACUCGGAAUGUUGUUCGGGCAUCUCACCUACUCAACACCCUGUACAAGGCCAUUCUUGAAUAUGACAGUGUUGGCGAAGCCUCUGAGCAAACUGUUUCCCUCCUGUUCUCUCUCUGGGUGGAAACAGUGCGGCCCUACCUGCAGACUGUGGAUGAGUGGAUUGUGCAUGGGCACCUGUGGGACAGCGCCAAGGAAUUCAUCAUACAGAGGAACAAAAAUGUUCCAGUAAAUCAUAGAGACUUUUGGUAUGCAACUUACACAUUGUAUAGUGUAUCAGAAAAGACAGAAAAUGAAGAAAAAAUGAGUGACAAUGCCAGUGCGAGUUCUGGCAGUGACCAAGGCCCCUCCAGUAGGCAGCACACCAUGGUGUCUUUCCUCAAGCCUGUCCUGAAGCAGAUCAUAAUGGCUGGAAAGUCGAUGCAGCUGCUGAAGAACCUGAGGUGUGCAGAGAGCACCGCAUGCCAGGCGGCAGCCAGAGAUGCAGAAAGAAAAAGCUUACACACACUCUUUUUGGAAUCUGUACAGUCACGUCUUCGACAUGGAGAAGACUCCACUCCACAGGUCCUUUCUGAGCCACAGGCAGCCAGAAAGAACCUAACGAAGAUGCAGUCCAUUGCUGGAAGGCAUCUUGAGCUGGAUGACGCACAAGACCCACUGUUGGCCAUUAACUUUACAAGGUUGUAUUUGGAGCAGAGUGAUUUUCAUGAGAAGUUUGCUGGUGGUGAUGUAUGUGUAGACAGAUCGUCAGAAUCUGUGACUUGCCAGACUUUUGAAUUAACUUUGAGAUCUUGCCUCUAUCCUCAUAUUGAUAAGCAGUACCUACAUUGCUGUGGAAAUCUCAUGCAAACUCUUAAAAAAGAUUACAGGUUGAUAGAGUACUUGCAGGCCAUGAGAAAUUUUUUCUUAAUGGAAGGUGGAGAUACCAUGUAUGACUUCUGCACAUCAAUUUUUGAUAAAAUAAGAGAAAAGGAAACCUGGCAGAAUGCAUCUUUUCUAAACGUCCAACUCCAAGAAGCAGUAGGACAGCGCUAUCCUGAAGAUAGUUCACGUCUGUCUAUAUCUUUUGAAAAUGUUGACCCAGCUAAGAAGAAACUACCUGUCCAUAUCUUAGAUGGUCUGACCCUGAGCUACAAGGUCCCGUGGCCUGUAGACAUUGUUAUAAGUUUGGAAUGUCAAAAAAUUUAUAAUCAGGUGUUCCUUCUCCUGUUGCAAAUAAAAUGGGCAAAAUAUAGUCUGGAUGUUUUACUCUUUGGUGAACUGGCUAAUACUGCAGAAACACCCCAACUUAAAGAAGGCUUUCUUCAUGGACAAGACACAGUUGCUCAGUUUGGACCACACAAGGAACCAGUAAGACAGCAGAUCCAUCGCAUGUUCCUCUUAAGAGUGAAGCUGAUGCAUUUUGUGAACAGUUUGCAUAACUACAUCAUGACCAGGAUUCUUCACAGUACAGGGUUGGAGUUUCAGCACCAAGUCGAGGAAGCCAAGGAUUUAGAUCAGUUGAUUAAAAUUCACUACAGAUAUCUGUCAACCAUCCAUGACCGAUGUCUACUAAGAGAAAAGGUCAGCUUUGUGAAAGAAGCAAUCAUGAAGGUUUUAAACUUGGCUCUUAUGUUUGCAGAAGGCUGGCAGAUGGGCCUAGGGGCAUGGCAGAUGGAAUCUAUAGAGAAAAUGGAGUCUGAUUUUAAAAACUGCCACAUGUUUCUUGUAACCAUUUUAAACAAAGCAGUGUGUAGAGGAUCUUUUCCCCAUUUGGAAUCUCUAGCACUGUCGCUCAUGGCUGGCAUGGAACAAAGUUAAAUAUGCUUACUGUAACAAGGUGCUCAGAUUUCUUCUUCAUACCUGUACAUUUCUGCCAUAUACAGCAGUGAAGUAAGAAUUAUUUAUUUUGUUCAUUUAAAAAACUUGUUCAUAGUCUAGAGAAAUGGAAUAUAGAUAGUUUUCUUAGGAGAUUAUUGGAGAGUGUAUUGGGUAAUGUAUAUAAGAUUUUGUAAAUAAGGCAAAGUGAAUAUAAGCUAUUUACUCCUUUAUUUCUUAAUUUCAUCUAUUGAUUCAUGAUAUUAGUACUUUAAAUUAAGUUAUUUUAUUUGGAAAAAUGUAAUUAUUGAUAGUAAAAAUAAGUUAAUGCUAAUUUUUCCUUACUUCUUUAUUCUUUUGCUUUUGAGACAGGGUCUCACUGUAUAGCCAGGCUUGCUGUGAACUUGUAAUCCUCCAGCCUCAGCCUCUCGAGUGCUGGGAUUAUAAAGUGUGAACUGCCACAUCUGGCAAAUAAAUUGAUAUUCUUAAGUUUCCUUUCUUUUUCUUUUGCUGCUGAUGUUCCUUCAUCAAAGGAGUUUUUAUGUAGGCACUCUUCUACUCAAGGCACACUCCCAGCCUCAGAGGAGUUUGUAAAAUAGAGCUUUACAUUUCUUCUUCUGUAACAGUUGCUUAGAUUUGACUAUCUUAAAAGUGUUCAUAUUUUUACAUGCCUAGGAAGUUAAUGGAAAUAUUGACAAUUUUAGUAAAUAUUUAAAACCAACUUUACAUGGAACCAACUGUUGGUGCAUAUUGUUGUUUGAUCAAUUUUUGUGAAUUCACCAGAUAUCUCAAAUAAAA